AUGGGAGACUGGAAUUUCCUUGGAGGCAUUCUGGAGGAAGUUCACAUCCACUCCACCAUGAUUGGAAAGAUCUGGCUCACCAUCCUAUUCAUAUUUCGAAUGCUUGUCCUGGGUAUAGCAGCUGAAGAUGUCUGGAAUGAUGAGCAGUCUGACUUCAUCUGCAAUACAGAACAACCCGGCUGCAAGAACGUAUGCUACGACCAGGCCUUUCCUAUCUCCCUCAUUAGAUACUGGGUUUUACAGGUGAUAUUUGUGUCUUCACCAUCCCUGGUCUACAUGGGCCAUGCUUUGUAUCGACUGAGAGUUCUGGAGAAAGAGAGGCAGAAGAUGAAAACUCAUUUGAGAAGAGAACUGGAGGGGGUCGAAUUUGAAGUACCUGGGGAUCGGAGGAGAUUGGAACAGGAGCUUUGUCAGCUGGAGCAAAGGAAACUAAAUAAAGCUCCACUUAGAGGAACCUUACUUUGCACUUAUGUGAUACACAUUUUCACUCGCUCUGUGGUUGAAGUUGGGUUCAUGAUUGGACAGUAUCUUUUAUAUGGAUUUCACUUAGAGCCUCUAUUUAAAUGUCACAGCCACCCAUGUCCAAACAUAAUUGAUUGUUUUAUCUCAAGACCAACAGAAAAGACAAUAUUCUUACUGUUUAUGCAGUGCAUAGCCACUGUUUCACUUUUCUUAAAUGUUCUAGAAAUUGCUCACCUAGGUUUUAAAAAGAUUAAAAGAGGGCUUUGGGGACAAUAUAAUUUGAAGGAUGAACACAAUGAAUUCUUUGCAAACAAAUCAAAACAAAACCCUGCCAAAUAUAAGAGCACAUCUGGAAAUUCACUGAGUCAACUCCCUACUGCACCUGAUUAUAAUCUGGUAGUGGAAAAGAAAACACACACGACAGUGUAUCCUAAUUUAAAUUCAUCUUCUGCAAUGCAGGCAGAUCCUGACAAUUACUGUGGAAAUGAUGAGAAAUGCAUUUUGGAUGAACAGGAAACUGUACUUUCUAAUGAGAUACACACAAUUAGUACUCUCUGUAGUCAUCUUCAACACAUUAGCUCAAAUAAUAGUGAAGGAAUUCAUAAAAUAUUUAGAAAAGAAGUUAGUGACAACCAGGUAAGGGAGAGAAGAGAAACUGAUGACAAAGAUAGAGGAAGGAACCACUAUUCUAGUGGUGUUUCUGUAGAUCUGGAAAACCACACAGGGCAGUCACCUCAAACAGUUUUCUCUCUGUCAGCUAACUGCAACUGGAAAGCAAAGAGGCUUAGUGCUACCUGGGGUCUCUCUACAGAGGAUCAAAACCAGAGACUCUCUCCUAAUGGUAGCUUCAAGGGCCAGUUUGGAGAGGGUACAAUUGGAACACUUCCUCCUUUACAAGGAGGCUCCCAGCCACUUGAUAUUGCAGAUACUUCUCAUUCUUUGGGAGAGUUGUCCUUUGAGUCUGACUUUGUCAAAACUUGCAAAAGUCCUAGUGCUUGUCCCCCAAAUCAUUUAAUGUCUCUGACAAACAAUCUCAUCAGCAGGCAGGCUCCCACAGACCUUCAGAUCUGA